AUGAUCUUCUGGACCGUGCUGGGCCUUUGGGCCACAGCCCUUUCCUGCCAACCACCCCUACCGCAAGCCGCCUUUUCACAAGAUACGGCCAGCUCGGCGGGUUACCAGCAACAAGACCAGGGCGUUGCGUCCUAUACGCAGGCCAGCUGGGAACCAUAUCCUGGAUACAAAGAACCGCCGCCACCUCAACAAGGCCAAUUGGAGCCGCUUUCUAGAGCCCUUUCGGCCCCACUCGCACCCUCAGGGCAAGCUGCUGCUCCAUUAGAGAAUCUGCCACCACCUGGAGGUAAUUCAAACUCCCUCCAGAGUGAAGUCGCGGCUGCGGCGAUUCGAAGCUGCGAAGAGAUAAAAUCCCUCGGUGAAUUUGAGGCUUGUAUUCAAGAGACAUCCCUCCCCAGCCGGGGCCAAAAUGCUUGGAAAUGUGGCUUCGAAGCGGGGAGUGAAUGCCGCUUUGCCCCUGUGUCGGAUGGAUUUGCGGUUGGCCGCUUGCCGAUGCCUUCGGCAUAUGCCUCAUUUUCCGAAUUUACCUCGAAGCUCGGUUCCGAUAGUCCAGAGGGUGAAUUCCUCUACGCAGUCUCGCCACAAGGCUUGCGAAAGGGCGAGUCAUUGUUUAUUUCUACCCAAAUCCCCUGCCAAAAGGGAGACGGUGUGUUGAAAUUGAGCUUCUGGCUUUACCCGCCGGAAGGACAAGUCCGCGUUUGUACGGCGGACGACCACAUGCGGAGCUGUACUCAGCCCUUCGUGCACACCAAUCAGUCGAGCGUCAUCGUCGCGGUCAUCAAUCCCAUACGGCCAGGGGCACAGAGCUCAACUUUUGAUCUGGAGAUCGAAGCUACCGAGCUGACAAAUCCAUCGAUUUUCGCGAUCGAUAACUUGGAUUAUCGCGCCGAUUUUUGUCAGCCAAAGGUGGACGCCAUCGUUGAUAGCGGCGAACAAUUUUUUGAAUCUGAGGAACAUCAAGCACCCUCUUCGGAAAUCCGGCGCUCUCAACCAAAGAUCCCAAAGCGCCCCAACCGCUUGAACUCGAAGGAAGACAUCGAAAUUCACAAUGAAAAGAUGCAGGCCGCGAUGAACGCAGAAAUCGGUUCACUUUCCGACGAAUUUUUUGAGGAAGAAGAGAUGUUAUCAACGACAUUGCCAAAAGUUCGUUCUCAGACAAAAUCCUUGAAAAAACAAGGGACUUCGAAUAACGCGUGCGAGACGUUGCGCUGCAGUUUUGAACGGAACUUCUGUGGAUGGCGGAAUUUGGGGGAUGGAGUGAAAUAUGGUGAAUGGAGGCACAAGGGCUACAAUCGGCAUCUAGCCUCUCUCGAACGUAAUGAGGCUGAAAUCGGGGAUGACGCCGGAAUCGCAUAUGCCGGUUCGGACACGACGCCCUCACCACUGUACCGUCAGAAGACAUUCAUUCUGGAAAGUCCCGAAAUUUUUGCUAUGACGAACUUGACGCUGUUGUACGACGUGAAGCGGCAGACGGAUGAUAUUACUUUGCAGCUUUGCUUCGACACUCCAAACUACUGCCCCUAUAAACUGUCACCCUUCAAAGACGAGACAACCUGGCGAAUUGAUGAAGCUGUCGUUGUACCGGAAGGUUCUCGCCGAAUUUUCUUCAAAGCAAUCCAGUGGCGUAAAUACAGCCGCCUGCUCAUCGAUAACAUCCGGGUGCUGGGCUGC